AUGACCCAUGAGCAAGAUCUUGAAGCUGUAGACGAAUGGACACCGGAGAGUUUAUCAUUCCAUGAACGGUGGUGGGUACAACGGCUGCCGUUUCUUGAGCAAUCUGGAUAUGCCUUUCGACCUCGCUACCAACCUGGAUGGGCGCCGUCAUGGGUAGCGAAGAAGGACUGGUAUCAAGACUUCGAGGAUGGUCAAAUCCAACCAAAAGGCAUGCUUCUAGACGCAAGACGUGUUUCGGACGGUACAUACGUCUACAUGAAGCGCAUCUCGCAAACGCGAGGCAAAGGCGUCCUGGAUGAGCUAGAGAUCAUGCAGUACCUCAUAUCCGAGCCCUUGAAGUCUGAUCCCAGGAAUCACUCUGUUCCCAUCUUGGACAUUCUGCGGUCGCCAAACGAAGAUGGAGAGAUGUUUGUGGUCACCCCGAUGCUCCGGCCGUUCUAUAAUCCAAGAUUUCAGACGUUCGGAGAAGCUGUCGCAUUUUUCACACAAAUACUCGAGGCUGUCGAGUUCAUGCACGAGCAUCGCGUUGUGCACGGAGACUGCACAAAGGAAAAUAUCAUGAUGGAUCCUACCCAGAUAUACCCUGAAUCCUUUCAUCCCAUCAAACGCGACCGCCGACGCGACUGGAAAGGCAAGGCGAGACACUACACACGUACGCAAUACCCACCAAAGUACUACCUCAUCGACUUUGGUCUUUCGCAUCGCUAUACCGCUGAGGAAGGGCCUCCGCGUCGCCCCCCCGCCUUUGGGGGAGACAAGUCGGCCCCCGAGCACCAGACUUACGACACGCCCUGCGACCCGUUCCCGACCGAUGUUUAUUACCUCGGGAAUCUAGUCAGGAAAAUGUUCAUGAGUCAAAGCUAUGGGUUCGAGUUCAUGGAACCCCUCGUCGCAGACAUGGUCCAAACCGACCCGUCCAAGCGCCCGAAGAUGGACGAAGUCGUACACCGGUACGGAGUCAUCCGCGACGCGCUCUCGACGCGCAAACUGCGUUCGCGGAUUGUAUGGCGCGAUGAAUGGCUCAUGCAACGACUCUUUCUUAAUCUCGUCCAUCUUCUUCGAACCGCCAAAUACAUCAUCACGCGCAAAGCCGCUAUCCCUAUGCCUCUGUCUUGAUUGCAUCCUACCUUAACGUCAUUCGCUUCUUUUACGCCGUCGUCUUGCUUGGAUACGCGUUCGAUUAUGCUUUUUGCUUUCGAUACCGCUUUGCCUGCUAUGUGCUAGCUAUUUGUUCUCUAUUUUGAUGAUCACGC